AUGAUGAAUUUGUUUAUUGCAGAAACAGUGGAUUUGAUGUUAAUGGGGAGCUUAAUGAUGGAAGAUAAGCAAUUAGAUUUCAACCGCCCGCUUAUAUCCGUUAGACGGCCAACACAAACUUCAGAAUCCGAGAGCAGAACAAGACCCUCUGAUUCAGUAACAACAAACAAGAUCCCUCCUUCUCCACCGGUUUACAAGUCCGAUAUCAAGUCAGGUCCUGUAAGGAAUCCAGGAACUGUCCCUUUCCAAUGGGAACAUAAACCGGGAAAACCAAAAGACGAAAGGAAAAAACCGGAUUCACAAGCUUUUGUUGAGACGCAUUUUGUGCCAAAGCUUCCUCCUGGGAGGAGGAAACCUGAAGAAGCUAGAGCUAAUAAUCAACAGACCAAAACUUGUGGUAGUAGUAGUAGUAAUGUGGAGGUUGCUGCAAAGAGUUGUACUUCUCGGUAUGAUGAUGAUAGUGAUGGUACCUAUCUUGAUGCGAAUGAUACGCUUUCAAGAACUGAGUCGUUUUUCUUCAACUGUAGUAAUGUUAGUGGUGUGGAUGGUCAUGGGAUGCUUGUUGAGCCGUUUGGAACAUUGUCGAGUGAUAGACAAACUCAGGAUCUAAUGAUGGGGAGAUUCUUGCCUGCGGCUAAAGCCUUGACCUCAGAGACACCUCCACAUCUUGCUAGGAAACCGCUUAAGCCUGAAGAACCGGCGAGGCAGAUGUUGGUGAAGAAGGAGAAACAGAGCAAAGCUGAGCAAAAUCCAUAUCGGUUUCAUCAUUCGACUGAAGAGAAAGAGGAAGAUGGAGACACGAGCAGCAGCGUGAUGGCUUCUGGUGUUUGUGGAUUAGUGCCUCAGGUCUGCUUGAGAACCUCUUUUGGAGUAUUGAAUCCGGUUCCAUCUGUGAGAAUGCAGGCACAGAGAGCUGUUUCUGUUCGCCGUAUGCGUUCUAAGUAUCAAGAUUCUACUACACCUUCUAAUGAAAAUCAGAACAAGCAAAACAAUGAAACUGUGAAUGAAGAUAAGAGGAAGUUGAAACUAAAUGGAUCAGUUGCACAAGGGUCUUCUUCUCAAGGCGAGUCAUUAUCAGUAUCUUCAAUUCAAGAAGGAAAAGAGAAACUCGAGAACUUAAGCGCAGCUUCACGCACUAAAAUCAGCAAAAACUUUGGUGAGCUCUUGGCUAGUGAUGAUAAUACAUGGAAACCUUCUUCCGAUGAUCAUGUGGCCGAGAAAACGCUGUAUGUAGACACUGUGCAUUCGGUAGACAAGAAGGUACAAGAAGAGUCCAAGGAGAAACCUUUAUUCAAAGAGUAUUCUCCACAAGACGUUGUUCCUGUUAAAGAAGAUGUUGAGAACUUGGUUGGACCCGGUGAAGAGAAAAUGAAAGUUCAAAGAGAUGAGAAUAUCGUUGAGUGUCCUGAUCAAGCUAUUGUGGUAGCAGAGAUCACAAAGGAGAGGAUUGAUCUUGAACAGAGAAAAGCUACAAAUCUUGAAAGCUCCAGGCUUCAUCAUCGUUCAUCUUAUCACAUUGUUCCUCCACCACCAUUACCAAAAGCUCCGUCAGAUUCUUGGUUAAAGCGUACGUUACCAACGAUCCCAUCAAAGAAAAACUCAUUCGCAUGGUUACAGUCUCUUGACACUGAUGAUAAUAGUCACUUCACCAAGAUUCAAGCAGAUCCAAAGUGGGAAACUAUGGUCAAAACCUCCAAUACACAGCAAGGGUUUGUAUGCUUCUCCAAGGAGACACUCAACGCUAUACCUGAGGCAUAACAAGACAAUAACUUUCUCACCGGAAGUAACGCAGAAACUGUAAAUUUUUCUCACCAAGUUACUUGUAAAUUUCAAGAAUAAAGAAGGGCUGGCCAAUAAAGUUUGGGGUUUUUUAGUUCAUCUUCCAAGUUUUCUCUUUAAUUAUUUUUGUAAAUCUGAAUCAAAAGGUUCCUAAAAAGAGAAAGCUAUGGAGAUAGAUAGUUGUCUCAAAAUAUUAUCUGUCACUUGUGUGGGGGAGGUUUCUUGUUGAAGUGAUGUACAGCUCAUGUUAACAGAGAAUUUGUGGCAAUAAUACUCCAUAAUUCCACGUGAC